UUCUGUGACAUCUUCAUCAAUGACGACGAUGUAUUUUUCUUCAAAUUUGAUAAUGAUGUGGGUUUAAACUAUGUUCUUCAAAAGGGCAUUUGGAAGAUUAAUGGUAUUCCUAUUUUCCUCCGCAAAUGGGACCCGGACGUUUUCAUUGAAAAACCAACUCAUGAUCGGGUCCCCGUUUGGGUUAAUAUAUUUAGCAUCCCUCUCCAACUCUUCAAUAAAGAUGGUCUUAGUCUCAUUGCAAGUAAACUUGAAAGGCCUUUGGAGGUUGAUUCUUACACUAUAACUAUGUGUGAGCGGACUACUGGUAGAGCGGUGUUUGCCCGUAUCCUCAUCGAGAUAUCGGCUAAAGAUCCUUGGGCUAAGGAAAUAAAAAUCAAAGCGGUCACGGCUAAAGGUGCUACAUCUACAACACUUAGAGUGGAGUAUUAUUGGAACCCAAAGAGAUGCGAUCAUUGCAAAUUUUUUGGCCAUGACCAUGCUACAUGCCCCACUCAUACGAUUAGUACCCCCGAACCAAAGUCGGCCAUGCCCUCCCCAAAAGACGUUGAUAAUGAAGGAUACCAAAUAAUCAAGAGGAAAUCUAGAACGUUUCCAAUUCCAAAUAAGAAGAUCCCCAUUGACAACCGUAAAGGGAAAGGUCCUGCUAUAAAGAUCUCUCAAGUUUACAAACCAGUUUCCCGUGUAGAGCCAAAGAAAAAAGUCUCCACUAACAUGUUUGAUGCUCUUUCCCAUCAAAUAGUGGAUGAUAUUGAUGAUGAUUCUCGUGUCCCUCCAGUUCUUCAUUCGAGAACUUCACACCCAGCUUCUGACGCAAUGUCGAGCUCUUCUCAUCGUGGUUGUAUCUCUUCUCCAAUUGAUCAGGGAUGACGAUUUUAGGUCUUUAUUUAGUUAGUCUAUAGUUGUUUGUUUGUUUUGUCCUUGCUUCGGGGCAUGUCCCUUAGCUUUGCUAGUCUUUUUUCUUUUACUUGAGCGUUUUCCCUUUUCUUUUGUAUCUCUUCCUAUUCUUAAUAUAUUUUGCCAAAGGAUUCCCUUUUACCAAAAAAAAAAAAAAAAAAAAAAAACCUAAACCCUAAACCGUAAACCCUAAACUCUAAACCCUAAAAGCCUAAAAGCCUAAAAGCCUAAAACCCUAAACCCUAAACCCCUAAAACCCUAAACCGUAAACCCUAAACCCUAAACCCUAAACCCGAAACCCGAAACCCAAAACCCAAAACCCUAAACCCAAAACCCGAAACCCAAAACCCGAAAACCGAAACCCGAAACCCGUAACCCGAAACCCGAAACCCAAAACCCAAAACCCGAAACCCGUAACCCUAAACCCUAAACCCUAAAACCCUAAAACCCUA